CUGUAAAUUUCAAAAAUCACCACAAAGCCAAAAAACACUACACAUAUUUAUCUAACACUACCCGAUAGUUGAAUCGUGAAAAUCUUGUAUCUAUAAUUUUCCGGCAAAUCGAAUCAAUCGUCGGCGAAACAUCAAUCCACCAUGGUCUGCGACAAGUGUGAGAAGAAGCUAGCUAAGGUGAUAGUACCAGACAAGUGGAAAGAAGGCGCCAGUAACACUACCGAAGGCGGUGGCCGAAAGAUCAACGAAAACAAACUCCUCUCCAAGAAAAAGAGAUGGACACCCUAUGGAAGUGGAACUACAAAAUGCAUUAUCUGCAAGCAGCAGGUGCACCAAGAUGGAAAGUACUGCCAUACUUGUGCUUACACCAAAGGAGUCUGUGCCAUGUGCGGUAAGCAGGUUCUUGAUACCGAAUUAUACAAACAGAGUAAUGUAUAAGUAGCCUGCAAUAUUAUCUAGACAUUGUUGCUUCAGUGCUAGUAGCUGAAUUAUGUAAAGAGAUACCUUUGUUCCAAACUCUGGUCUUGUGAGGCAGACCACUUGGUUGAGAACUUUGACCUACAAGAUGACGAUCCAUCAUAUGCUAAUUCUCAUAUUGUUGUUACACUCAUACCCUGUGUGUGCUACAAUGGUAUUUCUGAAACUAAUGUAAAUUAUGGAUUAUUGCCUUCUCUGCA